AUGCAUUUUACAAAGAAGAUCGACCGAGCCUUCCAAUGGGCCGGCGAGAAGAUGGGCGCUGAGGCCCGGACUGCCCAUUCCGACGAGUUCAAGAAUCUCGAGACCGAGAUGACUCUUCGACAUGAAGGUAUGGAGCGUAUGCACCGGUCCAUGGGCAGCUAUGUCAAGUGGAUGUCUCGUCGCAAUGAGCUUCUGGACGACAAGGAGCGCGGCACUCCCAUGUCGUACCUUGGCCGCACUAUGGCAACUCACGGCGAGGACUUUGAGCAGGAUUCCGAGUUCGGAAACUGUCUUUUGUCCUUGGGUCGUGCCAACGAGCGCAUUGCCGGUAUCCAAGACUCCUACGUCGAAUGCGCCAAUGCUACUUGGCUGGAUAACCUCGAGAGGAGUCUAGCAAUGAUGCGAGAAUACCAGAACUCCCGCAAGAAACUUGAAAGCCGACGCCUCGCCUACGAUGCCAGCACAAACAAACUAUCCAAGGCCCGCCGCGACGAUUUCCGCAUUGAGGAAGAAGUCCGAAUGAACAAGGCCAAAUUUGAAGAGACCAGCGAGGAUGUUCUUCGUCGUAUGCAGGAUAUCAAGGAAUCAGAGGUGGACAACAUCACUGGCCUGACCCAAUUCCUUGACGCUGAGCUUGAUUACCAUGAGCGCUGCGCUGAGGAGUUGCGUCGCGUCCGUCAGAGCUGGGUUGGUGGUACUUCUUCCCCUAGCAACACCGCCAAGAUCGGUCGAAGCCGGUCAAACACUGCUCGCUCUUGGCAGGAGCCUCGCCAUCAGGCUGUCUAUGAAGAGCCAGAAGCCGAGCAGGAGGCCCCUCGCAUCCCUCACCGUUCUCCUGGAAGCCGUCUUGCGCCUCCUCCCCCACAACCCGCACGCCCCCCGAUUGGACGCGCCUCGACCUUCGAAGGUCGUUCCUCUUCUACGGCUACACCGCUAGCCAACCUUCGAGUUCCAGGUGCUCCUCUCGCUCGAGUUGCUACAGACAGCGGCUCGUACGGCCGACACGACGAUGUAUUCUCUGACGAUGUUUCGACAAGCCGGAGCGGCAGUCCUGACUGGGAACACCGCACCGCCAGCCCUGCAACUAGCUAUGGAAGUUUGAGCCGAAGCACGAGUGGAUUGGCUCUUGGAAAGAAGCCGCCGCCACCCCCUCCCAACAGGGCCAAGAAGCCUCCGCCUCCCCCUCCUUCGAGAAGGGAAAACUUGGGUUAUUGA